GAUCCAACAACGAUAAAUAUAUUAAAACUUUUGAAGAUUUUUUUUGAAAUGAAUUCCUAUGCCAAAGAUUCUAAGAUAUCAAAUGAGCAAUUCAUGAAUUGGAAAUUAACAGUCAAAUUAAAUCGUCAAUUGGAAGAUCCUUUAGUUGUUGCCAGUGGAACAUUACCUGGAUGGAGUAUUCAUAUUACCAAACAAUUUUCAUUUAUUUUUCCGCUAGACACUAGGAUUUUUUUCUUACAGUCUACGUCGUUUGGAUUUUCAAGAUCCAUCCAUCAUUGGCAGCUAAGAACCAAUCAAGAAUACGCCGAUAGCCAAGGCUCAUCCAAUUCUAACUCCAAUAAUAACCACCGCGCUCAAUUAGGAAGACCAACAAGACAAAAAGUAAGAUUGUCAAGAAAAUCAAUUUUACAAAGUGCGGUUAAAGUUUUACAACUUUAUGGUUCUACUCCUGGUGUUUUGGAAAUUGAAUAUUUUGAUGAAGUUGGAUCUGGUUUAGGCCCAACUUUAGAGUUUUACGCAACGGUUUCAAGAGAAUUUUGUAAGAAAAAGUUAAAGUUAUGGAGAGACAAUAGUGACGAUAACCAAGAGGAUUUAGAAAGCUAUGUACAAUCAAAUACUGGUUUAUUCCCAUAUCCAUUAGAUAAAAAUCAAGUUUUCAGUGAAAAUGGCCGGAAAAUGAUUUAUUUUUUUGCAACCUUAGGUAAAUUUAUCGCUCGUGCAUUACUCGAUUCAAGAAUUAUUGAUUUUAAUUUUAAUCCAGUGUUUUUGAAAUUAGUUCAAUUUUUUAAUCAAGGAGCCAAACCUACCAAUAGAGACUUGAAAAAAUUGACCAGUUUGAACAGUUUAAGAUUGGUUGACUCAACAUUGGCCAAUUCAUUAGAACAUUUGAUCAAAUACAUUGAAGCUUACAAAGAUGUUCCAAUAGACCAGAGAUCAGCUGUUGUUAUUGACGAUUGUACAUUAGAUGAUUUAUCACUUACAUUCACAUUACCAGGAUACCCUGAUUACGAAUUAAUACCAAAUGGUGAUGAAAUAUUUAUCAAUCAUGAAAAUGUUGAAAACUAUGUCAAUAAAGUUUUGGAAGCAACAUUGUAUUCAGGUAUAGUUCAUCAAACCAAAGCAUUCAUGGAAGGCUUUAGUAAAGUUUUCCCAAUAAAUUCCUUGAUUAUUUUUUCACCUCAAGAAUUAGUUGAAUUAUUAGGCAGUGCCGAAGAAGAUUGGUCCUUAUCAACGAUAGUAAACUCUGUUCAUGCUAACCAUGGUUACACUAAAGAAUCGGAAGCCAUCAAAAGAUUGAUUAAUAUCUUGGUAAAUUUCAAUGACAUUGAAAAACGAUCAUUUUUACAAUUUUUAACCGGAUCUCCCAAAUUACCUGUCGGUGGCUUCAAAUCACUUAGACCAGAAUUCACGGUCGUUCGAAAACUAGCCGAACCUGGAUCUAGUGAUGAUGAUUAUUUACCUAGUGUUAUGACUUGUGCUAAUUAUCUCAAAUUACCUAAUUAUUCCUCUGAAGAAAUCAUGAAAGCAAAAUUAGUACAAGCCGUAAAUGAAGGUGCUGGUGCGUUUUUAUUAUCAUGAUACCCUAUGCAUUCAUUCUCUCUUUUUAUUUAUCAUCUGUAUAGUUGGAUACCCA